CUCUCUACUACCCGAUAUUAAUGAUCAAUUCGUCGAAAAAAUGGGCAAAUUUGUAUUAAUAAUGCAAACGGCCAAACACCUGCGUCGCCACCAAGAAUUACAAAAAAUAUUCCAAAAAGCAAUGAAACGAAAUAUUGUCGACAUCGUGGUAGCAACAUAUGUCGGCAAUAUGACAUUUCAUUGGUAUAGCUAUGAUGUGUUUCGGCCAGGACAAUGCCGUAACACGAAGCCACGUCGAUUCAAUACAUUUCGCAAAGGCUUAAUGCAAUUUGAAGAAAUAUUCCCCAAUAAGUUGAGAGAUUUUCAUCAAUGCCCCAUUGAGGUUGCAAUGAGACCUGCCGUGCCACUCUUCGACAAGAAUGGAAAAAAACCUCGCACAUAUAGCGAUCAAUAUUGGGGCUUGCAAGGUGAUAUUAUGCGCAUGAUGGCGAAGAAAUUAAAUUUCCGCACUACCAUCCAUCACAUCAACGAUAGCUUGACCAGCGAGGUUUAUGAAAACGGCAGUUCGACUGGAAUAUUUUUCGAGCUGAAAGAAAAAAGAAUAGAUCUUAUAAUGGGCUACUACAAGUAUUCAACGCGUGCUCGAUAUUUUGGUUCCAGUGUGAUGUAUUUUUUGACGCCCACCGUUGUGGUGGUUUCGAAAAAGGGGCGAAUGGAUUUCUUACAUGGCGACUGGUUGUUGGCACCCUUUGGUUUUCGUGUCUGGUUGUUUUGCAUUUUUGUAUUGGUUGUAAAGAUAACAGUGGUCCAGUUGUUAUAUCAUUUUUCCAAAUCUUUCAAAAUAACCUGGUUGGAUAUUUUUGGCUUGGCUCUGGGCAAUUCUCGAAAUAUCCAAUAUCGUUACAAAAGUAUUCGAUUGUUUGUAAUAAUUUUUACAAUGGCCUUCAUUGUAAUCAAUGGCUCAUUUCAAGGCAAAUUGUUUGCAGCUUUUCACAUGAAACCAAAUCGUGAACCAAAAUCGGUUCCAGAAUUAAUUGCCAAUAAUUACACAUUUUUGAAGAAUAAAUUCAUUGCCGAAGAUUUGAUUCAUGCUCUACAGAUUCCAACAACGCAAUUGAAGCAUGUAAAUUAUACCCAUGAUUUCGAGAGUUAUGAACAGAUGCUCGAACUAAAGUACCCGGUGGCCAUGCUAACAAAUUAUUGGCAAUAUCAGGCAUUCUUAAAAUCUACACGACUUUACGACGAAUUUGAAAUGUUACCCGACACGGUGGUGGUAAAUCAAAUUUGUGCCUACAUGCAGCCACAAUCGUUUUUGCUGGAACCUUUCAAUCGGAUACUGUCUAAUUUGAAUUAUGCUGGUAUUCUUAAAAAAUGGAUGUUGGAUUCUUUAGGAGUUUUCGAGUCGUCGGAACAAAAAAAGAAGUCUAGUAAAAUGGAACCGAUCGCAUUGACCUGGGACAAGUUACGUCUUGUUUUUGAAAUGAAUGAGCAAAGCUAUUAA